AUGUCGGCGGUUAUGAUAACGCGAAAGCUGCGGAAAUGGGAGAAGCUCCCCGGGAAGAACACCUUCUGCUGCGAUGGGAGGGUGAUGAUGGCCCGGCAGAAGGGUAUAUUCUACCUGACCCUGUUCCUCAUCAUCGGAACCUGCUCCCUCUUCUUCGCUUUCGAGUGUCCGUACCUGGCCGUCCACCUGUCUCCUGCCAUCCCAGUUUUUGCCGUGCUGCUCUUCCUGUUCGUCAUAGCCAUGCUGCUGAGGACGAGCUUCAGCGACCCCGGGGUCCUGCCGCGGGCCCUUCCAGAGGAGGCCAACUUCAUAGAGAUGGAAAUCGAAGCAGCGAAUGGGAGCGUCCCUUCUGGGCAGCGACCUCCACCUCGAAUCCGUAACGUUCAGAUCAACAACCAGAUCGUCAAGCUCAAGUAUUGCUACACCUGCAAGAUCUUCCGGCCUCCGCGAGCCUCUCACUGCAGCAUCUGUGACAACUGCGUUGACCGUUUUGAUCACCACUGUCCGUGGGUGGGCAACUGCGUGGGCAAGAGGAACUACAGGUACUUCUACCUGUUCACCCUGACGCUGUCCCUGCUCACCAUCUACAUCUUCGCCUUCAACAUCGUCCACGUCGUCAUGCGCUCUGUGGAUCAAGGCUUUCUGAGCACCUUGAAGGAAACACCUGGAACUGUACUGGAAGUGCUGGUGUGCUUCUUCACCCUGUGGUCGAUGGUGGGACUGACUGGUUUCCACACGUACCUCAUCUCUCUGAACCAGACCACCAACGAGGAUAUUAAAGGCUCCUGGUCUGGGAAGAACAGAGGCCAGAAUCCUUACAGCCACAAGAACAUCGUCAAAAACUGCUGCGAGGUUCUGUGUGGGCCGACCUACCCCAGCGUCUUGGACAGACGAGGGCUGAUGCAGGAGGAUUCGCCCACUGCUGCAAACAGUGAAGGUCCCUGUUCCUUCGACAACCUAGUGGCACAAACUGUGAAAACCACAGCUCCGCUCAUCCCCAACGAGCACACACCUGACGACGUCAAGCCGAGCAUCGCAGCAGAGAAAAGCUCCGCCCCUAAAGACGACCCGCCGCUGGCCGCAAAGCUGCCGCCGCUGGCUUCCCCAGAGACCGAUGCAGAGACGUCCAUCGUCAAGAACCAGUAGCUGGACGGACCAGCAAUCUGUCGACUCAUGAACUGAAAAACAAUAAUCACCACCUGAUCAUAUGAGGGGGAUUCAGUUAACCUUUGACCUUUAACGGAUUGGAGCGCCUGUGCUUUUCCUGCAGAGACGUUUGCCUCGUAGAAGAGAAGGAAAAUCAGCAGCGUCCCGUCUCCUGAUCACUGCAUGGAAAAGACUCUCAGGAGAGAUGCUGCUCAGAGAUCCAGCGCUGAUCGUUAGUCUAUUUGUUCAUCAUUUGAAACUGUAAACAUUUAAAUCCAGAGGCCAGUUCAGUUAUAGCAAGUAGCAGAGACAAAGGGUCUGAUUCCUGAACAUCGGUUGAAAUAAAACACUGCAGAAACUCUAAAUCCUACCAAGUAUUUUAGAUUUUCUAGAGCAGACAUUUCAGCCACAUGAAUAAAACAAAACUAACUUACAGGAAUAUUUUCAGCAAGAUAUAAGAGCUUGUUUUGAGUAAAUAAUUCCUGAAUAUAGAUGAAAAAGUACAGAUUAUUUCACUUAUAACAAGGGACAAAUGUCUUCUUGUAAGUGCAAUAAUCUGCCAGAGAAACUACGACUUUUUCAUUAAUAUUAAGAGAUAAUUGACUAAAAAUAUGCUCCUGUUGAUGAAAAGUUGCUUGUAAUCAGAAGUGGGCAGAGAACACAAGAAUCACACUCAAGUAAUAGUAGCACUGCUUCAACAUAUUUUUACUCAAGUAAAAGUAAAAAGUCUAAAACUGGAUGAAAAUCAUUUUUUUCCUAUGGAUUCUUAAUUGGACUUAAGUUUGGACUUUGACUGGGACAUUCUAAGUUGUAGGUCCUGGAGUAAAGGUAACUAGUGACUACCCAACUCUGCUUGUAUGUUAGUUUUGUCUUAUUUUAAGUGAAUUAAAAUAUUUGCACUAAAACCUAGAACAUAAGUAUUUGGUAAAAUUUAUUGUUUUUGCAGUGCAUCAUCUAUGCUGUACAUAAAUUACAUGCCCUAUGCAAACCAUUGUGAGGCUGGAAAAGCAACUUUGUGAGAACAUGGGUAUAAGCGAUGGUUUUAACCUGGGAGUACAUGUGACGUCCACGCAGGAGGACUCGUUCGUAGGU